GCGGGUACACAUUAACAGACGGCAGGAGAAGCUUACAUUGUGUGUGUGAGAGAGAGAAGACCGUACGGAGAGAUAUAUAGAGAGAGAAAGCGGAAAAAAAGAGUGAGCACUAUACUACUAGCAUUAGGCAAAUCUCUCUCUCUCUCUUUCUCUCUUUUUUAUUUUUUUUUGCUAUCUAUUCGUGACCGGUGACCGGAAGAAGAUCAUUGACAUUCGAUCGAAGCUCUUCACAAAUGUUCAUCAACAGUGUACAUUCACACAUAUAAUCUUCUCUUUUGCAAACUUUCCACCUUGUAUAGAACAAUCACAUCUCUCAAAAUCUCCAAAAUGGACUUGUACGGACGGAGAGAAGGAUCAGGAUUGGUCGCGCCACCUACCGGAACACCUCUCCAAGACUCGAUGUGGAAACUAGGACUUUGGAACGCACAGUCUAUGUAUCCAGAAAGGCCUGGUGCGCCUGAUUGUUCUUACUAUAUGAGAACUGGUUCUUGUGGUUAUGGUGCCAAGUGUCGUUACAAUCACCCUCCCGAUCGUAACUCGGUUGGUGGAGCUCUAACAGUUGGAGGAGUAGUAGGUGAGUAUCCUGAGAGGCCAGGGGAGCUUGCAUGCCAGUUUUAUUUGAGGACUGGAUUUUGCAAAUUUGGUGCAUCCUGCAAGUUUCAUCAUCCUAAAACUGGUGGAUUUGUGACCAAUAUGCGGCUUAGUAGCUAUGGAUUCCCUCUAAGACCGGGUGAGCAAGAAUGCUCGUAUUAUUUGAGAACAGGGCAAUGCAAAUUUGGUAUAACUUGUAAAUUCAACCAUCCUCAACCGGCUGGUGUGUCUGUGCCAGCUAGUACUGCACGCCCUUUUUAUCCUGCUGUGCAGUCUUCUUCUUCUUCGGCUCUUUCUGCAGAUCAGUAUGGAGGUGCUACAUCGAGCUUUAGAGCUGCAAGGCCUCCUCUCUUGCCUGGCUCGUAUGUACCGAGUGCUUAUGGUACUACUACUAUGCUGCUUCCUACUGGAGUUGUUUCUAUUCCUGGCUGGAAUCCUUAUUCGGGACCUGUCAGCCCUGUUUUGUCUCCUAGUGCUCAACCGUCGGUUGGAGCAGGUUCUGUUUAUGGUGUUACACAGAUAUCUUCUUCCUCUUCUGGGUUUCCUGGAAUUUAUCCAUCGGUUCCUUCGCCUGCUGAUGCAUCGAACAGUAGUCAUAAGGAGAAAGUGUUUCCAGAGAGACUGGGACAACCUGAUUGCCAAUACUACUUGCAAACGGGUGAUUGUAAAUUUGGACCGUCUUGUAGAUACCAUCAUCCGCCAGAUUGGGCUAUAUCGAAGAUGAAUUGCGCUCUAAACUACUUGGGCCUUCCUUUACGACCGGGAGUACAAGCUUGCACAUUCUACAUGCAAAGAGGGUCGUGCAAAUUCGGGAAGAUCUGUAAAUUUGAUCACCCUGUUGGUUCGGUUAGAUAUAGCCCAUCGACUUCUUCACUGUCGGAUAUUCCUGUUACUCCUUACAUGGCGACGGCUGCCGCUGGUGGUGGAGCAGCAAUUAGUGGUUCAUUUUCUUACCCAGAAUUACGACCCGAAUUCAUUUCUGCCUCAAAAUUGGAACCGGCACUCAGUUAAUUGUGUUCCUACUGGAGAUAUGAUACAAAUUGACAUAUCAUAAUUCAAGCUGAAAAAGCAAAGUUAUGCUCUCCACUAAAUGCAGUUUCUUUUAAAAUUUAUUUGUUUUGCUUUGCUUUUUUUAUUCCCAUCGAUUGCUAGUUAGAUUGAAGAUGAAACCCACCCAUUAAAGAUUGUUGUGCAAGAAUUAUCAACCUAUUUUGUAGAUUUUCUAUUUUGUUUAUUA